CUGGGUGGGGCCUGUCCCGAUGGCUGGUGCUGGCUGGGACUGGGGGCGGAUCCAAGAGGUGGUACACACCUAACUUCCUACCAGCUAGUCCUCUGCUAAGUUAGAGAGGUCCUACCCUCAAUCAGGCGUUCUCAUACCAACUGCCGAACUGUCUAGGUCCCAAUCUCAGUUGUUGUUUUUAGGCUCCAAAAGAGCUAAUCUAGAUCUUAUGGCGGAGCCGGUCCGCUGGGGCCGGAAGCGUCCGCUGCCGCUUUGCCCCAACCCGCUCUUCAUUCGUUGGCUGACCGAGUGGCGAGACGAGGCCGCCAGCAGAGGGCGCCACACACGCUUCGUGUUUCAAAAGGCACUGCGCUCCCUCCGACGGUACCCGCUACCACUGCGCAGCGGGAAGGAAGCUAAGAUCCUCCAGCACUUCGGAGACAGGCUCUGCCAGAUGCUGGACGAGCGGCUGAAGCAGCAUCUAGCAUCGGGCGGUGACCAUGCCCCCAGCCCACCGUCUGCGGAGAAAAAGCAAGCCAAUGAAGAACCACCUGGUCAAGCCUCGGACUCUUCUAUGCCAGUUGCCUCCCAGCCUCAAGCAGGAAGCACCAGGGCUGGCUAUUGGCCAGCUCCGAACUCAGGUGCACGGGAGGUCCUGCUGCACCUCUACAGGGAGCACCUGAACUCUAAUGGCCACAGCUUCCUAACCAAGGAGGAGCUGCUGCAGAAAUGUGCCCGGAAGGCCCCAAGGGUAGUUCCUGAAAGUUCAAGACCCUGGCCUGCCCUUCGAGGCCUACUCCACAGGAACCUAGUCCUCAGAACACAUCGGCCAGCCAGGUAUGCACUGACACAGGAGGGCCUGGAGCUGGCCCAGAAGCUGGCCAUGUCAGAAGGCCUGAGCACACCAAACACUGGCAUUAGGCCAGAAGCGCCCCGUGGAGAGGACUCAGCGGUUCCAGAAGCCACCUUGUCAGAACCUGGCACUAGUGAGGGGUCGGUGCAGCAGCAACCACUGGAGCUGAGGCCCAGCGAGUACAGAGUGCUGUUGUGUGUGGACAUUGGCGAAACCAGAGGGGCAGGGCACAGGCCAGAAAUGCUCCAAGAGUUACAGCGGCUGCAUGUGCCCCACACAAUACGCAAGCUGCAUGUUGGGGACUUUGUGUGGGUGGCACAGGAGACCAGGCCCAGAGAUCCAGCGAGACCUGUGGAGUUAGUGCUGGACCACAUUGUGGAACGCAAGCGGCUAGACGACCUCUGCAGCAGCAUCAUUGAUGGCCGCUUUCGAGAGCAGAAGUUCCGCCUGAAGCGCUGUGGCCUGGGGCACCAGGUAUACUUGGUGGAGGAAUAUGGAUCUGUUGACAACCUCAGCCUUCCUGAGAGUACAUUGCUGCAGGCUGUCACCAAUACCCAGGUCAUUGACGGCUUCUUUGUGAAGCGUACUGUGGAUAUUAAGGAGUCAGCUGGCUAUCUGGCCCUUUUGACAAAGGGCCUGGGAAGGCUGUACCAGGGCCACACCCUACACAGCCGCCCUUGGGGAACCCCAGGGGAUGCUGAAUCAGGAGCAAAGCCUUCCACAAACCCUCUCUGCUCACUCCUCACCUUCAGUGACUUCAAUGCAGAAGCUGUCAAGAAUAAGGCCCAGUCUGUGCGAGAAGUAUUUGCCCGGCAGCUGAUGCAGGUGCGUGGCCUGAGUGGGGAGAAGGCAGCGGCCCUGGUGGAUCGAUACAGCACCCCUGCCAGUCUCCUAGCUGCCUACGAUGCCUGUGCCACCCCUAAGGAGCAGGAGAUGCUGUUGAGCACGAUCAAGUGUGGGCGUCUGCAGAGAAAUCUGGGACCUGCUCUGAGCAGGACUCUGUUCCAGCUGUAUUGCAGCCAUGGCCCUCUGACUUGAGCUACACCAGGAGACACACCCCAGCAGCCAUCUUCACCUCUACCAAGGCUAGGAUCCUUUGGACUAUAAUAAAAAUGUAAAUGUU